CUCCCCGGCGUGCCGCAGCACACGGAAGUCUUUUGGGCAAGGGGAGCCUGGGGCUGGUUCUCUUCUGCCAGCCGGAGGCCAGGAGAGGCGCCGAUCCGUUGACGGCGGCCGCGGCUCGAGCGGUAUCCUCGAGGGAGGAGGAAGAGGCCGACAGGAGAGAGAGAGAGAGAGAGAGAGAGAGAGACCGCGAGGGAGAAGAGGGAGAAGCGGGAGAGGACGAGGACGAGGAGACCGCGAGGAUCGAGGACGAGGACGAGGGAGAAGAGGGAGGACGACCGCGAGGACGAGGAGAGGCGCACUCCUGGAGCAGCCCGGCGGCGAGGGCAGGCAGGGCGGGGAGAGGGGCGGUGAGACCCGCCAGCCGCCGGAGGCCUCUCCGGCGGCCGGCGGCGAGCAGGGAGCGCAGAGAGGCCAGAAGCGGACCAGACACGCCCUGGGCACCCCCGGUGGCCUCCCCGCAGCACGAAGACGGGAGGGGAAGCACCGCCAAGAGCCCUGGUGGGGCGGCAGGCUUCGCAGACCGACCCGGUGCCUCUGGACCCCUCUGCCCGAGGCCGAUGAGCACCUGGGGCCGCAGCAGGCUCGUUGGCCCCCACGGGAGGAUCGGACCCCGGUCAGUGCCGAGCGCCCGGCCCGCCGGUCGCGAAUUCGAGCGCGGCCGCGCUGCGUGCCAGGAGCGGAGGGGAGGAGGAGGAGGAGGAGGAGGAGCGUGCGCGACAGGAGGAUAGGUGUAGCGUCUGGAUGGCCUGCGCGGACCGGCCGCGGCCACUCUGCGAACGACUGCUCAGUAGCGGCUCGCGUCGGCGGACGCGGCCGCCGCCAAGUCCUGUUCCGCGGCGAGCUGCCGGGCCUCG